GCAUCCGCAGCAGAAGCCCUUCUAGCCGGGUGCGCUCGGCGGCUUUAUGGUGGGACACGGCGGGGCGGGGUAGCGCAGAGCUGCCGCGGCCGGUGAGGGCGGCUGCACCCCGCCUCUUUCCGCCGCCCCCGCCUCCUUCCGCCGCAGUUUCGGGCCCGCGGGUUCUUCCCUCGGGAGAGGAGUGUCGCGGGAAGCGGUAGCGAUGAGCGUCGCGGAGCGGCCUGAGCCAAAGGAGGGGGCGGCGGCCGCGGAUAGCCCCAGGCGCUCGCCGAGUCCUAGUGCUGCAUCACCAGAUGAAGGAGUGGUAGAAGAUCUCCCUUUAAUAGAUGAGAAAGCUGUGGAGCAGCUAACUGAGGGAUUGAUUUCUUAUUAUCUGCCUGAUCUUCAGCGAUCAAAAUCAGCACUACAGGAACUUACACAGAACCAAGUGGUGUUACUAGAAACAUUGGAACAAGAAAUUUCAAAAUUCAAAGAGUGUAACUCCAUUCUUGAUAUUGAUGCUUUGUUUUCAGAAGCUAAACACUAUCACAAUAAGCUAGUGAAUAUUAGAAAUGAAAUGAUGAUGCUCCAUGAGAAGACAUCAAAGUUAAAAAAAAGAGCACUAAAGCUGCAACAAAAGAGGCAAAAGGAAGAACUGGAAAGAGAACAGCAACGUGAGAGGGAACUUGAAAGAGAGAAGCAGUUAACAGCAAAACCUGCUAAGAGGACAUGAAAGCAGAGCAUGCAAGAAUUUGUCUAACAUUUUUUUAAUUCUCUGGAGUUAAGGCAGAUGUUGCUUAAACUGGGCUAUAGCUGUUGAUAGCUAGAGCCUACUCUACCAUAUCUUAAAUUCCAGAAUGGUCAUAGGGUUGGUAAUACUCUUUUUUUUUCCAUUUAAGCCGUUCAAGUUGCCUUCUUUUGUAAUGCUAUGCAGUUUGAUAUUAUUACAAUGUAAGUUAAUUUUUAUAUAUAUAUAUGAAAACUUAGACAUCACAAUUCUAAGUACUUAUCAUUUUUUUUCCACAUGUUCUUCUGGUAUUUCGAAUUCUGAGACAGAUUUAGUGGCUGGCAUAUGUCGUUUUCAGACAAAAUACAGAAUGCUAUGUACAGUUCAUUUCACAUCACCAGUGAUCACAUAUUUCACUGAAACUGCUUUGGUUCAGGGAAUCAAAAUCUCUUUUUGAUGCCUUGCUUCAUAAAUACCGACUUUUUGCGCAGCCUUCGUUUGGUUUGUCUCUAAUGAACUGAAGUAACUUCCAAUGUGUUUGCCCAAAAGCUCACUUCAUUGCAGCAGUCUUUUUUUUUUUAAUUUUUGUGGUCAUCAAACAACUUAAACAGCUUAAAAGUAACUUCUGAGCUGAAUUGGUGGAGGUGAGGAGGAUGCAGAGCAUUGAAGAUUCUCAAAAUGCAAAGAUUAAUGACUUUGCUUCCACAAACAUUCGAGUCAGAUCAGGGAACUGUUGCUUUCUGUAAUGGUUCCACAGGAAGGCUGUGUAGUCUAAGCAGCGGGAUUAGAAGUUGUACUUCCUUAAUUUUGUGUGACAAAAUAAAGCACAACCAAAGCUAAACAA